AUGACUAGCCUGACGUCAUGGCUAGUGGGCUUGGCUUAUACCGGUGGCACGCUGUGCGUAGGUGCAUUGUUCCUUCUAUACAUGUACCAAGACCGGCUACUCUACUUCCCCACGAUCCCUGGCACCUCGAAAUUUACGAAAGAUAAUCCUCCAGGAUACCGACACCCGGGGGAAUUUUCCAUCGACUAUGAAGACUUGAUGAUCCCAUGUAAAGACGGUGUGAAGAUCAACGCGUGGCUCAUGAAGCAGAGAGAUCACAGCACUCGUCCGACACUCAUUUUCUUUCACGGCAACGCUGGAAAUAUUGGCUAUCGUCUGCCUAAUGCCGUACAGUUGUAUCGGAAAGUUGGAGUGAACAUUCUACUUGUAGACUACCGAGGAUUUGGUCACAGUGAAGGAGACCCGUCCGAGAAAGGGCUCAAGCUUGAUGCAGAGGCUGCCGUGGACGCCUUGUAUGCUCGUACGGACAUCGACACGUCGAAGCUCGUGGUGUUUGGCCGGUCACUAGGUGGAGCGGUAUCUGUCUACCUCGCUAAAAAAGAGCCCUCUAAAGUGGCUGCCAUUGUCCUGGAGAAUACAUUCCUGAGCAUUUCGGCCAUGGUGGACGCAUUAAUGCCGUUUCUCACUUAUGUCAAGCCGUUGGUGCUGAGGAUAAACUGGAACAAUGAGCUGGAUAUUCAAAAGGUAAAACAGCCGAUCCUAUUAAUCGCUGGAAUACAAGAUGAGCUGGUGCCUCAUUCCCAUAUGGAGAGACUGUGCUCACUUGCCACGUCGAGCCAGCGCGUGGUGUGGUAUCCCGUUUCUGAUGGAACACACAACGACACGUGGCUUCGUGGAGGCAGUAAGUACUAUGCAGAAUUGCAGAAGUUUGUGAAAUCGCUGGGCGGUGACACAACGUGCUUGGCUUACGAUGAGUCUUCGGAGAACAAACACCUCCCUCCUCAUGUUGAAGAAAAUUCGAUACCAAAUAUGCUCGAGCAGCCAUUGCUAAGUUCCCUUCAGAAAACGCAAAAGUCCAAGUUCGAGUAG